AUGGCAAGAUCAUUUGUGUGCAUAUACCACUUUCUUGUUUGGGGCUGGUAUAUUUUCAUCAACUUUUAUCUCCCCAUCCUGAUAUCAAAGCAGCAAUUACCAAAAGAGAUACAGUAUGGAGGCCAGUGGAGAUACUUGACAGUGCUGAAUCUGUUCUUACAGGUAAUUUUCUAUGGGAUUGCCUUCCUGUAUGACGUGAUGAAAGGAAUGAAGAGAAAGGAAGACAUUAAGUGGAUAGCUGCCUCCAGAGACUUUCUCUUCUCAGCCUUGGCUUUUCCUUUGUCUUUGGUGGUGUUUACAAUAUUCUGGGUACUGUUUUUGCUUGACCGAGAACUAAUUUACCCUAAGAUCCUGGAUGAAGUCUUUCCAAAAUGGUUCAAUCAUGCUAUGCAUUCUAGUGUGUUGCCUAUCUCCAUGACAGAGGUCUUUAUCAAUUAUCAUCAAUAUCCAUCCAGGAAAAAGGGACUCAUUUUUUUAAGCAGUGUUACCAUUGCCUACAUCAGCUGGGUCCUGAAGAUUUACUCUGUAACCAAAGAGUGGGUGUAUCCUAUAUUUGCUAAACUCAGUCCUGUGAGUUUAGCAGUCUUCUUUUCUGUUAGCCACGGCACUGCGAUCUGCUUCUAUUUCCUUGGAGAGCGCCUUAACCAGCUAAUUUGGGUUCACAAGGAAUUUAUUGUCGUUUUCCUCAUCCACUUUGGAGAUAUGGGGGUUCUGGCCUGUUAG